UCAAAAAAGAGUCGAGCCCAAUCUCCUCGGACUGAACUGGUCGAGCCCAGCCAUUCCCCUCCACCGUCUCCCUCACCAGACACACUCAACCCAGACCUAGCGACCGCCAUGGCGCCGCCACCGCCGCCGUCAGCGGCGCUUCCGGACGAGCUCGUCGAGGAGAUCCUCCUCCGCCUCCCGACCGACGACCCCGCCUGCCUCCUCCGGUCCUCCCUCGUCUCCAAGGCCUGGAGCGGCGCCGUCUCCGGGCCCGGCUUCCGCCGCCUCCUCCACGAGCUCCACGGGACACCCCCCGUGCUCGGCCUCCUCCACGACCAGGACAGCGACCGCGCCCCCUCCUUCUUCCCCACCACGGCCUCGUCCUUCUCCCUCGCCGUCCCGGACGGCCGGUCCUGGCUGGCCCGCGACUGCUGCCAUGGCCGCGCCCUCUUCUUCCCCAAGUGCGAGGACGCUAAGGAACUCCUGGUGUGGGAGCCAAUCACGGGCGCCCAGCACCUCAUGCCUGUGCCCGCGGCGUUGGAGCGCGGCUACUUGGCUGUGGCCGUGCUCUGCACGGCGGAUGGGUGCGACCACCGUGACUGCCUCGGGAGCCCUUUCCGCGUGCUUUUUGUCUUCCCCGGCGGGUAUGGCACGUCGGCGUGCGUGUACUGGUCGGAGACCGGUGCCUGGGGCGAGCCGGCCUCGACACACGACGACUUAAUGGUAUACAUACAACAUUCUGGCAUUCUCGACGGCAGCUCUCAGCUCUACUUCGUCUUCUACGACCACGAGGAGAGUGGGUGGAUCCUGGAGUACGACUUCUCCAGGCACUCCCUCAGUCUGUUCAGUGCACCAGACAACCACUUUGGCCUGUAUAAUCUCGUGCUCGCAGACGACGGUGGGCUGGGAGUAAUCCAACACGUGCAUCCGCAUCUCAAAUUGUGGACAAGAGAUGCGAGUGAUGGCACUGAUGCACGAUGGGUGCUCAGCCGGGUCAUCUCCCCGUGCAACUUGCUCCCAACUAGUGCUCGCUUGGAUGAAGGUUAUAGAGUGCUAGUGGUGGGCUUUGCCGAGGGAGCAAAUGUCAUUUUCGUUAGUACAUUGGCGGGACUCUUCGCAAUUGAGCUACAAUCUGAGCAGGUGAAGAAGGUGUGUGAUCAAUGUAGUUUCCAUAACAUGGUUCCAGUUGUCACCUUCUACACUCCUAUGGCCCGAGGCAACCUCCAAAAUCUGUUGGCGUCAAAGCCUGGUGAGGAUCCAGGUGGUGAGGAUGGUGUAGAGGAGGAGAAAACAGUAAAUUAGGCGCAACAACUGGCCGACCAUUGUUCCAAUGCUAUCAAGGAGGGGGACUUUGUCAACACUUUCGAAAGCAUCCGCCAUGACCACAAUAUCAGGUGAGGGCUCUAGUCCCAAACUCCUCCCCAUUCCGAGCUACCCUGAAACAUUUGUACAGAUGUGAUUGUGGAGAAAAGGAAAUCCCCCUUAGUUCAGUGCUCAUUAAGAUUAGCACCAUGUGCCAUUAGUUUCUUUGGGACUUUGUUGUUUUGUUCAGGAGAUAAAUUUAGAACAGCUUUAGAUGUUUUAGCCUUUUAGGAUGAAGUGGUUGCCAAGUGGUAAGAAGGUAUUGUCUAUUAUUGUCCCUUUCUUUGGGCCAGUGGUGGUGCCAGGGGCCCGGGCUGCACAACUGUGUGGUGAAGUGCUUUAUUUUCUUUGAAUUUUGCAUUGCUCUCUAGGUUUUUAUAUGCAAUUUCACUUCUAUGGAAUAGUAACUUUUUGGAUCAACCAGCCCCAUAGUUUAAACGGGGCACAACCAUGCCCAUCAGAUAGUCAUAUGUACACAGAAAAUGGCCAUGUGAUUCUGCAUAUGAAAACUAGUAAUAGUCUUGUUUGGGUCUUGGAAGGAACUGUUUGCUGUUUGGACUUGCCUCUUGGAUUCUCAUCAUCAUUCCGUAGAAGACCGUUUAUUCAAUGCUGUUUUGCUAAUAGUUAUUGUUAAUUGAUAGUAGAUGAUGUUGAAAACACUUUCAUUUUUUAGAACACUUGUGCCAUGGAUUGACUAUAUCUUGAAGUUGUAUCUGGUGCCAUAUGUCUGCCAUUUGCUUUCUAA